AUGUCCAACACUAAUAAAGAGGCAAAGAGUCCGCCAUCACAGCUACAAUGCGCUCGUAACCUGAGAUCAUCUUCGUUAUGUCAGUAUCCGCGAUCGAAUAUAGAGUACCCGGGCAAGCACGACGUGAUGUUGGGGCGCGGAGGUGAAUCAAACUAUCAUAGUGGCAACCUGGCAUUUCGGGAGUUCGUAAAGCAGUUCCGAGAAGAGUACCAGGCUGCUCCAAGGUAUAAGAAACCAGAGAUUGCAAUGAAGGUUGUCCAGCAUUGGAGGAAUCUGAAUCCACCAGGAAGGUUCCUGACUCGCACUAACCCGGACAAUGCAGACAGCUUGUGGCAUGAUGUUGAUGACAAACUGGCCACGAAGAGGGCGCUCAAGAAUCUUGGAGAGUCUGAUAGAAGGACGAGAAAUCGCCGUGGUAGUAGCAACACACUCUCUCCUGAAUCUCCUGAACGUACCGAUCAGCCAAAGCAGAGCACUUCUGAUGAGGCAAAACGAGGUUUUCCAGGUGGCAAGAAACCAACUCCGCCUGCGGUUGAAUCAUCCAACGCUGCGGCUGUUGCUUUUGUGGGAGGUGCUGGGGUGGGCGUCAUGCACCAGCACGGUACCAUUGGUGCAGCUACGCCGGCAUCACAGCAUCCGGUAUCGCCUGUGAAGGUGUGGUCAGAGCAAGUAUCGCCUGUGAAGGUGUGGUCCGAUGCAUGCGUCUCAGAGAGUUCUGGUAGUGAUGGUUGUGGAUCCAAUCGGGAUCAAUCUCUAAUCGCUGCAUCAGCAGCCAUACAGGGCAACAAGAUCAACGUAAAUAUUCCAACCGCAGCAACCCUGACAGAGAGUGCCUUUUCAAGCAGUGGCAGUGACGAGGGAGCACGAUCUGAAUCUGGAUCGUCCAGUCCGCAUGAAGAACCCAUAGCGGCGGGUCAUAAAAGAAAGCCGCCUCCCAACUAG